UAUAAAUUCCCUACGGGUAGCCGGCAAGAGGAUACUCAUUCGCGGUAGCUACUAAGUUUCGUCUCUUGGCCAUUUAAGUCGCUUGUCAUUGCAUCGUCACGAACUUUGUCGUUUGCUUCACUUAUACUUAUUUCUUAUAAUCAUGAAAGUUUUCUUAGCAGUUUUGGCUCUGGCGACAAUAGUCAGCGCGCAGGUGAAAUAUCCUCAAUAUAAUCCAGAUUACUAUGGACGUCGUUACGCAAUUCUUCGACAGAAUCACGAUCAAAAUAUCGACGGCUCUUACGCUUACAGUUACGACACGGAGAAUGGUAUAUCUGUAGCAGAGCAGGGAAGCCGAAAAAACUUGGGCGUGGGAGGAGAAGCCGAAGUUGUAAGAGGUCAAUACAGCUACACCGCGCCCGACGGUACACCGAUCUUAGUGACUUAUGUGGCCGAUGAGAAUGGAUUUCAAGCGGCUGGUGCCCACCUGCCAACACCACCACCCAUACCCGCCGCAAUCCAGCGAGCCUUAGCCUACAAUGCAGCCCAUCCCGAGGAAGAGGAGCCUUACAACCGAAGAUUCUUUGGGCAGAAAAAGUAAUUCGUUUAAAGGAAAAAAAAAGGAUUGAGAAAAACUUACAAGAAAAACUUACACAACGACAGAGGCAACGACUCGUUUUCCGUGCUACACAUUUCCGUACCACAAUAAAUUGAAUGAAUAAUUAGGUCGUAUGACUGGAUAAACGGUCCACUAAUAUCAGUAACAGUUAUUGAGAUAGAUGCAAUCAAAUUCGCCGAUUACAUCGACGGAAAAAUUAAAUUAAAUUUGAAAUUGAUCUCCGGCUUCCGAGCCGUGAUUAAGUUAAAUAAUUGUAAAAAUUAAUUGUUUGUUUAUAUACUUACGAACUAUUUAUACCCAUAUAUUUAUUUUAGUACGGAAAUUAUAAAUAGUACAGGUGAUUAGUUGAAACGACUUUCUUCAGCCGCAGUUUAAUAUUUAAUUAGAUUUACGGUAUGACUCAUACAUUCUUCCAUCUCUAUUAUACUCCGCUAUGCUUGCAUACUCCAUCUAUAACGAGACUUUUACGCAUAAUCUCAUGCAGUCAUCUUCAUCAAUUGCACAUAUAAAAAAAAAUAUAACUGGCGAUCAACGGCAUUUAAUAAAAUUAAAUAUAUUGAGAAAAAAAAUACAAUUAAAAUUAUAAUAUUGACUUCAGUUGUGCAAUCAAUUUUUUAAUACACAUAUACAUAUAUUAUUUGAGAAAUAUUAACGAAAUAUGAUGAUAUCUAAUAUCAUAAUUCGCGCUAGAUAUAUAACAGAUUAUAUUUUUCUAUGUAAUGAAAAUUCGAUGUCACUUAUUAUGUUAUAAAUAAAUAAAUAAAUAAAUAUACAAUAACAACA